AUGAUUCUGAAGUACCGUUUCUCGCUAGCGUUUGUGGCAUUCAUGUGCUUGAAAGGAUGUGAUUUUGCUCCUCAUGAGUGGUGCGUUGACCAGAACGGUUAUCCAGGAAAAUGUGUCAGACAAUCGAAAUGUAAGGCCCUUUCGCAAACUUUUCGACCCCCGAUUUGGUCAUUCCGUCGUGGCAAAUAUUUGGGUAACCAUGUCUGCGGAGGGUACGGGUACACGCCCCUUGUUUGCUGCGUAGAUCACACCGAUGAGAACGAACUGCAAAACAUCCAAGCGAAUUUGGCGGAAUCUUCGUCAAUUGUUUCCUCGGUUAUGCCGCCACUGGAAAAUCUAGUCAACGAACCCCAACUGACCAGUCUGGGUGAGUUCCCGUGGUCGGCGUUGAUUCAGUACAGAAAACUGCACGGGUUUAUCGGAUUCCACUGCGGGGGGACGUUGAUUCAUGAACGCUACGUGAUAACAGCCGCUCACUGCAUUGUGGCAAUACCCCCGAUUUGGAAAGUAUCUCGCGUUCGUCUGGGAGAGUACGAUACAAAGAACGGAGAUGUAGACUGUGUGAAUGGUCUAUGUGCCGAUAUGCCCGUAGACGUUGAUGUCGACCAGGUACUAGUCCACCAGAACUACACCCCGCGGCAGGUCAGUCAGUACCACGACAUCGCAUUGAUUCAACUAGCGGUGAGUGUUCGGAUGACAGUCUUCAUUCAGCCAAUUCAGCUGGCAACGGGCGAAAUGGAAAACAUGAUGAUGAACGGUGCUCCGAUGGCAGUUAUGUCCGCCGGAUGGGGUAGAACAAAAACGGGAAGUGCCAGCAACGUGAAGCUGAAGGUUCGACUGGAUAUCAAUGACUUCAAUGCCUGCACGGAGGCUUACCAGCACGCAGGGGCACAACUGCAAGAUACGCAAAUGUGUGCUAGCGAGUGGCGUGGAACGGGUAUCUGCAGCUGCGACUCCGGAGGACCUCUGAUGGCGCAGAUGAGCGAUCGCUACUAUCUCGUCGGAAUCGUUAGCUUUGGGCCAGCCAAUUGCGGUAUGAAGGACGUACCGGGAGUGUACACUAAUGUAAUGCGAUAUACCGAUUGGAUUUAUAGCAACAUUAGCUAGAAUUUAUAGGAUAGGAAAAAGAUGGUCCAAUUUGGUCCGCGAUACCUUCAUUAGCUACAGAACAUCUCAGGAGUAUUUCUGAACA